AUGAAGAAAGAAGAAGAAGAAGAAGGAGAAGGAGAAGAAGAGGAGGAGAAAGAAGAGGAAGAAGAAGAACAUCAAAAGAUUUUAAAGCCGUAUGAUAUGGAAUAUUUGCGAGUUAAGUACUUUGGUUUUAUGUGCUAUGUGCUCUUGUCCUGUAUUGAAAAUAUACCCGAUAUUUUCUCAAUUCGUGUUGGACAAAAUAACCUCUUAAAGACAUUAAUCAUACGAGAGGAAAAAGAAGAAGAAGAAGAAGAAGAAGAAGAAGAAGAAGGAGGAGGAGAAGGAGAAGAAGAAGAAGAAGAAGAAGAUGAAGAAGAAUAAGAAUAAGAAGACGAAGACGAAGACGAAGAC